AUGACGAGACAAAAGAGAUCACGCAAACACGCUUCAUCGGCGGAAAACGCCGGCGGCGAAGUUAACGAAGCUUCUGUAUCUCAGCUCAACGAACCGGCGCUACCUCAAUCCCCAGAGCCUGCUUCGGCUUCCGAAGCUAACCCAUCUCCGUCGCGACGCAACCGCGUGAGAAGCAAAAAGCGUCGAUUGAACAACCAAUCAGAAGCCGAUACUAUCCAGAGGACAUCGUCUCCGGAGCGACGAGCUCGUCCCCAUCACUCUGAUCAGAAGAACGGUGAUUGCAGCAAUGGGAUGAUUGUUUCAACGACGACAACGACGGAAUCGAUUCCUGCUCCUCCGAGUUGGGAAACCGUGGUGAAAGUUGUGCCUUCCAUGGACGCUGUUGUUAAGGUCUUCUGCGUCCACACUGAGCCUAAUUUCUCCUUGCCGUGGCAAAGGAAACGACAGUACAGCUCCGGUAGCAGUGGCUUCAUCAUCGGAGGAAGAAGAGUUUUGACGAAUGCUCAUUCCGUUGAGCACCAUACUCAAGUGAAACUCAAGAAGCGUGGCUCUGACACUAAGUAUUUAGCUACAGUCUUGGCCAUUGGCACUGAAUGUGAUAUUGCAUUGUUGACAGUUAAUGAUGAUGAGUUUUGGGAAGGAGUGUCUCCUGUGGAGUUUGGUGAUUUACCAGCUUUGCAUAAUGAUGUGACUGUUGUUGGUUAUCCAAUUGGUGGUGAUACAAUCUCUGUAACGAGCGGUGUUGUUUCAAGGAUGGAGAUAUUGUCUUAUGUACAUGGCUCCACCGAGCUUUUAGGCUUGCAGAUUGAUGCAGCUAUUAACUCUGGUAACUCUGGUGGUCCUGCAUUUAACGACAAAGGCAAAUGUGUUGGCAUUGCCUUUCAGUCUCUGAAACACGAAGAUGCUGAGAACAUCGGUUACGUCAUCCCCACGCCGGUGAUUGUACAUUUCAUUCAAGAUUAUGAGAAGCAUGAUAAAUACACAGGUUUUCCUGUUCUUGGGAUUGAGUGGCAGAAGAUGGAGAAUCCUGACUUGCGUAAGUCAAUGGGUAUGGAAUCUCAUCAGAAGGGAGUGCGGAUAAGAAGGAUCGAGCCUACCGCACCGGAAUCACAGGUCUUGAAGCCUUCGGAUAUUAUCCUUAGCUUUGACGGAGUUAACAUUGCUAAUGAUGGAACUGUUCCAUUUAGGCACGGAGAGCGAAUUGGGUUUAGCUAUCUUAUUUCUCAGAAGUACACUGGAGAUUCUGCUCUUGUGAAGGUCUUGCGUGAUGGAGAAAUACUCGAGUUCAGCAUAAAACUUGCAAUCCACAAGAGGCUAAUCCCUGCACACAUAUGUGGCAAACCUCCUUCUUACUUCAUCGUUGCUGGCUUUGUGUUUACGACUAUCUCUGUUCCAUAUCUUCGAUCUGAGUAUGGAAAAGAAUACGAGUUUGAUGCGCCUGUCAAGCUAUUGGAGAAACAUCUUCAUGCAAUGGCUCAAUCCGUGGACGAGCAGCUUGUUGUAGUUUCACAGGUUCUCGUUUCUGACAUUAACAUUGGUUAUGAGGAGAUUGUCAAUACACAGGUUGUUGCUUUCAAUGGCAAACCUGUGAAAAACUUGAAAGGCUUAGCUGAGAUGGUGGAGAAUUGUGAUGAUGAAUACAUGAAGUUCAAUCUAGAUUAUGAUCAGAUUGUUGUCCUGCAAACUAAGACGGCGAAAGAGGCGACGUUAGAUAUUCUGACCACUCACUGCAUACCUUCUGCUAUGUCUGAUGAUCUUAAGACUUGA